CACACACACACACGCGACAACGGCAAUUUUCGCUGACUCAGCAAAAGUCCCUCUCCACACAAGACACACAAGACGAGAGGAAAGGCAACACGCUCGCUCGCUCGCUCGCAGACCACACCACAACCACACGACCACGACGCUGGCUUGGCCACGCAUCACCACCACCACAUCAAGCAAAACAAGCAGCUUACGGCGUGGAUGAGCAACUCCUGGGCAUGUCCAUGCAGCUUGAGGACCUCGCAAGGGGCUUGACUGUGAAGGAGUUGAAGGAUGUUCUUCGGUCCGUCGGCCUUCCCGUUUCAGGCAAGAAGACGGCGUUGAUCGAACGACUGCAGGCAAACGCGACACCAGACACAUUCGCGCGUGUCAAGACCGCCCUCGCUCACAAACAACACCGAGCGCGCCAUCAACACCAACACCACCAUCAACACCAUCCGUACAACACGUCGUCGCUGCCCCCCGUCAACAUGCGCCCGCCAGACCCGCCAGGCGUGCCGCUGACAGGCAACUACCUGUAUCUGUCGCCGUUUCUGCGCGACGUUGUGCGCGUGUACGGGCCCGUCGCCCUGUCAGACGUCCCGCCACAACCAGGAGCAACUGUGGAAUCACAGCGGAAGACGCUGGAAAUUCCGUUCUCCGCCCAGCACAGAACCCUCUUAGAGAACAACCCCAACCUCCGCAUCUUCCUAAGGUGUGGGUUUCGCCCAAAGGAGACGCGAUCCCGCGAUUCUGUGCCCUGCAAGGACUUCUUCCCCGCCAACGCCCUCUGGGAAAUCAACGGCACAAAGCUCACCCGCCCCGGGGACGCGUCCAAGGGUGUGCAGCGGUAUUCGAAGCCGCUGGACAUCACUGCACACGUGCACCGGCGGCAGUACGGCAUGUACGCGUCACGGUUCACCCUCACCGCCCAGCGCUUCUCCCGCCACAUUAUGACCUUUGACCGCUCCGUCAUUGAGGUUGUGGUGGCGACGCUUGUGACGUCGGCGGACAUUGUUGGUCAAAUCCUGACCACGAGCUUUCAAUCUGGCAGGCAGCUCGUGAUUGAUAAGCUCAAACCCAUCUCCAGCAGCACAUCCACGGACGACUACGACGAUGACGAUGAUGAGGAUGACGACGAUGACGCGGUGGUGGUUGAGGACACGAUGCCGUGUCGCCUGCGCUGUCCCCUCACGCUCAUGCGCAUCAAGACCGCGUGCAAAGGCAAAGAAUGCAGCCACGUGCAGUGCUUCGAUGCCAUGAGCUACCUCAGAGCAAAUGAGCAGCGGCCGACGUGGGUGUGUCCGGUGUGCAACCACGACCUGUACUUCAAGGACUUGCGCAAGGACGCGUUUAUGCAGGCCAUCCUUGACAGCUCUGUGACGCAAUCGGAGAGCGAUGUCACGUUUUACAAGGACGCGAGCUUCACGUGCGCGUCUUCGCCCGCUGUGUCGCACACCAUCGCUGCGGAUGGCACAUGUCAGUCGACACCAGCCCCAUCAUCACAAACAACGGCAGUCACAACAACAGCAGCGGCAACAACAACAGCCACAACAACAGCAGCAGCAGCAACAGCAGCAGCAGCAACAGCGACGUCAUCGACAACAUCGGCAAUGGGGCCAUCAUCGUCGUCCUCAUCGUCGUCGCCAGCCACGCGGUUUGAUGGUGGCGGCAGCGGCAGCGGUGGUGAUGAUGAUGGUGAUGCGAGAAGUGGUGAGCAGGUGACAAAGCGGGCGAAACUCGGCAGUGCCACCGACGAGAGAGGGGGGGAGAGAGGGGGCGAGGGAGGUGCUGGUAUCGCCAGCAGUCGCGAUGGUGGUGACUGUGGUGGCGGUGCCAGGGAUCGAGUGGGAACACCGGGAACACGAGGCAGCGGCAGCAGUAGUGGCAGCAGCAGCCGUGGUGGCAGAAGCGGCAGAAGCAGCCAUGCCCAUGGCAGCGGCGGCGCGGCCGGUAUCGGAAAAGGGUUUACCGUUCCCGACACACACGGCAGCGACGACGGUGAAACGAUUGAAAUCAUCAGCAGCAGCGACGACGACGACGACGAUGGUGAAGUUGAUGAUGACGACGAUGAUGACGACGAUGAUGGCUAUGGUGGCUAUGGUGGUGGUGGUGGUGGUGGUGAUAAUGGCUUUGCACGUCGACGUGGUUUGCACGGUCAUGGCUACGGCGGCGGUGACGGCGGCGGUGACCAUGGACAGGGCGCGCUUGACACCGACACGGAUGUGAUACCUGGCGUGGCGUUUGGGAGCCGCACAGAGCUGGACGCGGCCAUUGCCGAUGCCCUGCGUGAAUUCACCGACGGCGGCGUGGGCAUAUUGGCUGACCCGAACAUGCCGUUUCACGCGCCGCCACCGCCGCCACCACGGCAACUACACAUGGCGGGACCACCACCGGCCACAACAACAGCAACAGCAACAACAACAGCAACAGCAACAGCAACAACGACGACGACGACAGCGGCAACAACGACACCUUCGCCAGCAGCAGCGUUACCAGGUGCCUUGCAUGCAGGCACUGGCGCACAUGUCAGUUCGAUGGUUGGUGGUGAUGAUCAUGGCGAUGGCCAACGCGCUCGUCAUGAGAGUGGGACUGACACCACGCGUGGUGACGGUGAUGGUGGUGGUGAUGAUGGGCUGUGGGGAUCGCGUGCACGCGUUGCCGCUGCUGCUGCAGAGACGCCCUCAGCCUGUGAGUCACAACGAGGCUGCUCUUGGCGCUGGUGA